CUAAGAUGGCCGCGUCCUUUGCGCGCACUCUCCCUUCCCCACGUCGCGCGCUAAGCAGGAAGACACGUGACCCUAUGAGGGCGGAAGUGAUCCCAGGGUACACUGCGUUCAGGCCAGAAGUUUAUACGUAUUUCCUUUUCCGGUCUUUUCCACCAUCCAGCCGGAAUCAUGGCUUCAUUCGAGCAGAUGAGAGCAAAUGUGUGCAAAUUACUGCGAGGGAUCGACAGGUAGAGAAACGCAGAGCGAGAGGGCCAUGUGCGGCCCGGGGGGGCCAGGGAUCCCAAUUUACAGCCUCUCUGUAUAAUCUCAGCCUCUCUGUAUAACCCCCCUACCCCAAUCUCUGUGUAACCCCCCCCCACCAAUAUCUGUGUAACCAACCCCCCCCACCAAUAUCUGUGUAACCAACCCCCCACCAAUAUCUGUGUAACCAGCCCCCACAAUCUCCCACCCCACGUCUGUGUGACAACCCCACAGUCUCUUAUUGUAACCAUCUCUGUGUAACCCCCCCCACAAUCUCAGCUGUAACCAACCCCCACAAUAUCUGUGUAACCAACCCCCCACAAUCUAUCUGUGUAACCAACCCCCCACCAAUAUCUGUGUAACCAACCCCCAUACAAUAUCUGUGUAACCAGCGCUUCCACUUCAUAUCUGUGUAAACCCCCCACCAAUAUCUGUGUAAGUACCCAAACCCCCCACCAAUAUCUGUGUAACCCCCACCAAUAUCUGCGUAACCAACCCCACCAAUAUCACCAACAUCGUAGUACAAUAUCUAACCCCCACCAAUAUCUAAGUAACCAACCCCCCACCAAUAUCUGUAACCAACGCCCCCCACCAAUAUCUAAACCAACGCCCCCAAAUUAACAUAGGUAACCAAACCCCACCACAUUCAGUAACCAACCCCCACCAAUAUCUUCGCAGAACCAACUUCACCAAUAUACCAAGUAACCAACCCCCCACAAUAUCCUGUGAACUAACCCCCACCAAUAUUCAUGAACUAACGCGAUGCCCAAGCAACCACCCCCACCACAUCUGCAACAAACCCCCUGCACCAAUAUUCAAGGUGAACCAACCCCCACCAUUCUCAUGUAACCAACCCCCCACCAAUAUCUGCGUGAACUUCAACCCCCACCAAUAGUCUGCAACCAACCCCCCACCACAUAUUCAAGUAACCAGCCCCCACCAAUAUCUGCGUAACCAACCCCCCACCAAUAUCGUAACCAACCCCCACCAAUAUUCAAUAACCAACCCCCCUACCAAUAUUCUAACUAACCCCCCACCAAUAUUCAAGGUAACUAACCCCCCCACCAAUAUCCUGCGUAACCAACCCCCACCAAUAUCUAUGCUUCAACCCCCACCAAUAUCUACCUUCCCCUACCAAUAUCUGUAACCAACCCCCACCAAUAUCUAUGUAAUCCAAGUACCAAUAUUCAUGCAACCAACCCCCCCUCACCAAUAUCUGCCUAACCAACCUCCCCACCAAUAUCUCUGUGCUCAAAUCCCCCACCAAUAUCGUAUGUAACCAACCCCCACCAAUAUUCAUAUGCAACUAACGUAAAUAUCUCCGCGAAUCCCACCAAUAUCGCAUGUGACCAAUGCCCCCCGGCCAAUAUCAUAGAAUUAACGUCUUAUACCGCCCCCCAAUAUCAAAUGCGUUCCCAAUAUUCAUAGAAUCCUAAUUCCCCAAUCUCUUAAGUAACCGGCCCCCUAAUCUCUCAAUCUACCCCCCAAUAUAUCUCUGCCUGACUGAGCCUCCAUCUCUGCAGAACCGGCCCCCACCUCUUAUUGCAAUGUUCAUGUUGUUGUAAUAGUAUGUGUUACUGUAUAUUGUUAUCAUUCUUAUACUAUAUCUUGCCGCACAUGUCACUCUCCAGGUAUAAUCCUGAAAACCUCGCCACUCUAGAACGAUAUGUAGAGACGCAAGCAAAGGAAAAUGCAUAUGAUUUGGAGGCCAAUCUAGCUGUGUUAAAACUGUAAGUAGUUUGGGUAGAAAAGACUUCAUCAUACUGUACCACUUACCUUGUAAAUCUGGUGUAUGCAGAAAAUAGCUGUGUAUUGCUGCCAGGUUAUUUUACUCCUGAUAUGAUGGUUUUAAUGUGAUUGAAAGUUGAUGCAUUCGUUAAAGGCCAAUACCCCAAUAGCCAUGUAAAGUUCAUAAGCAACAAGAGGGGAAUAAAUUGGUAAAAUUAACAACUCUCCUCUAGGCUUCAUGGGAGCCAUCCUUAUAUCUGAUGGUUUUAUAUAGACUGGCUGAGAAUGGCCCUCCCUCUUCGCUCCUAGUCAGUCACUGCCAUCCACGUUGUAUGAAAAGAAGUUUUAAUAAUGGAAAGUGUUAUUCUGUAUUAUCAGUGCUGCAGAUGGAGGCAGUCCAUGGGUGGCAGGAAAAACCUUAAUUCAGGGCAUAAAAUUUCCACUAGCCAUUGGUGAUUAGAAAUGUCCCUGGUGAGCCAGUCUCACUGUAUUCCAUCCACCUCCGCUGGUUGAAAUCAAUAAUACUUAUGAUUGCAGCCUAUCCAAUGCUUCCCAGUAGGGAAAUGUUAGGAGGCUAGUAUGCAUGCACAGCAAAUAGCUGCACUGCGCAAAUCUGCUUCUCUUAGAGAUGCAUUAACUCAAUCCAUCUCUAUGGUGAGCGUUCGGCAUGGAGUCCUGCAUUCGUUGCAAGCACUUGUCCAGGAAGUCCCUUUGCUGGCUGUUCAAGUGACUGCCACUAGAGGUGGCAGUAGACUGCAGUGAAAUAAAUAAACACAGAAAUAUUUCCCAGAGCCACUACAUGAAGCCUCAGUGGUUCUGGUGCCAAGAGUGUACCUUUAAUAGCUUUUCCUCCUGCAGGACAGCCUCUUCAUAAAAUAUCCUACAGCAUGAAGACACUGUAUAGAAAACAUGGUGGAUGUGCCAACACUACUAAUUAGAGAUUCUCCUUUUCCUGUUUCUCCACAGCUAUCAGUUUAAUCCAGCUUUCUUCCAGACCAAUGUCACCGCUCAGAUCCUCCUGAAAGCUUUGACCAACCUCCCACACACAGACUUCACUCUCUGCAAGUGUAUGAUCGACCAGACUCACGUAUCCUUUGUUGCUUUGUGUCUGACACCACACAACGACUUGUGUUCUUUCCGUAGAUUAUGGUGCUGUCUGUAGAUAGUCACAUAACUGGAGAAUAGGCAGAAAUAGUGUCAUCUGUAAACCCAACUCCCACACGUUUGUCCCAUUGUUAAGGUCUGCUUCCCUCUGUACCAUAGUGAGUGCAGCUUUCUGCUGUACAAGGUAGAAAAAAAUAACUUCUACUCUGAUUAAGGGAUAUGCUCAGCAGAUGAGGAUACACGACGCAUGGGCGUCAAUUUCCCACGUAUCUCUAUCAGUAGUUUUUGCCUGCGUGACCAUCACUAGCAAGUGUGGAAACUGUAAAAUGGAAUCCAUGCUAUUUUGCAUAAAUUACACUUUUUACUACAGCAAGGCUGCAGGGGCAGCUAUAUACCCCAAAAUCAAUUAAGAAGACGUGAUGCUGGUGCUCCAGGGAUAGAUUGUGUGUGUGUGUGUGUGUGUGUGUGUGUGUUGGCAGCGCUCCAGGGAUAGAUUUGAGGGGGUGGGUGGUGGCACUCCAGGGAUAGAUUUGGUGUGUGUGUUGGCAGCGCUCCAGGGAUAGAUUUGGAGGGGUGGUUGGUGGCGCUCCAGGGAUAGAUUUGGGGGGGUGGGGUGUGGUGGCGCUCUAGGGAUAGAUGCGGGGGGGGUGAUGGCGCCCCAGGGAUAGAUUUGGGGGGGGGGGUGUGGCGGCGCUCCAGGGAUAGAUUUGGUGUGUGUGUGACUGUAUAUGUGUCAGUUUGUGCCCCUAUGUAUCUUUAUGCGUGUCAUUCUCUGUAUCUGAAUGUGUCUGCAUGCAUAUCUUUUUUUUUUUUUCUGCACGUGUCUAUAUGUGCAUCUGUCUGCAUGUGUGCCCCUAUGUAUCUGUAUGUGUAUCUCUCUGUAUGUGUGUCAGUGUUUGUAUCUGUAGAAGUGUCAUUCUAUGUAUUAGCAUGUGUCCAUAUAGGUAUCUGUAUGUAGUUUUAUAUUCUACAAAUGGAGGGGUAAGGGGAGGGUAGAUGUAUUGGGAAGGGGGGCCCAGGGUAAUUUUCGCAUCGGGCCCUGUGGUUUCUAGUUACGCCUCUGCGUUCCAGGGAAAGAUUCGUUGUGUGGUGGCAUUCCAGCGGUAGAUUCAGUGUGUCAUAGAUGGUAUUCUAGGGAUAAAUAUAAUGUGGAUGGGAGGUGUGAUGGAUAUUGGAGUAACUGGGCUCCUGUUUUAAAACAUUUUGUGUUUUUGCUGGGGGGAUUUUCAAACUUUUUGCCAAUGAUUCCUUAACCAUUUGGGAUUCAGCAAGAAGAACGGCCGAUCAGACAGAUUCUCUAUUUGGGGGACCUCCUGGAAACCUGUCAUUUUCAGUCAUUCUGGGUAAGUACCAGUAACAUGGAAACUACAUAUAGAGCAGUACUGAUGUCCUGCUGUUAUCGCUGGACGUUAAAAUCUUCUAUACACAAUGAGCACGAGAGAUUCGAAUAAGGUGAAAUACAAAUAUUUAGUGGGUAAGUAGGUUUUCCUGAUGUUAGUUUAAUUUUUUUCUGGGGAUCCUAUGGGAAUGUUGCCUAAAAACCCAUUGGGUGCAUCAUGCAGGGAAUUAUCGUUUAGUGAAGGAGGCUGUAUUUCCUGGAGAGGUUCUCAAUGUCCUUGAGCUGUAUAUUUAAGAAAGCUGUGAAUAAAGGAAGCUUUUUGCAUUGUUGAGUAGGCUUGGACAAUAGAUAGAAUUCACGCCUUCUCCAGGGGAAGCCCAGAAUUUCAAUGUUAAGUCACACUGGGCUUGUUGGUUUCAUUUAGAGCAGUCAUGGGUGUAACUGAACAUGUAUGUUCAGGGAGUGUCCAAAUGUUGACUGAUUUUGCAGACAGCAAUACAAAAGGUAGGGGGGGUGGGGGUGUAAAUAUUUAAGCACAGCUUAAUAACCAUAGCAGGUCACUAGUAGCAGCACAUCUACAGUUUUAAUAAAUUGAACAUGUGAAAUUCUCCAUGUGCUAUUUACAACUGUUCUUGGAAUUGGGAUCUAAAACUUCUAGAGGAUAGGACCCCAAACUGUGUACACAUCCUAGUUAUUUAAUAGAAUUGUCUGUUACAUAGUACUUACACCUUCAGUCACACAAUCCAUCCAUCUGCGGCUCUAACCUCCACGACUGAUAUCACAAAAUGAUUUCCCCACUCCCAAAUUCAAGAGGAGAACAUGGUGUGGAAAGUAAAAAGAAUGAUUUGGUAGUAAAUAAGGUCCUACGGGAUAGUUCAUGUGUAUUGAAAAGUUAGAAUUUCUUAUCAUUUAUGUAUUAUUUUACAACCAUCUGUUAAAAUUGCUGGACCAUAAAUGCUGCAAGAUAGUGAGCAUUGGUCAGAUAACCCAUAAAGGAACAAAAAAACACACAUCUUAAAAUGAUAUAUAUAUAUAUAUAUAUUAUUAAAUCGUUUGUUUGGACUCUUGUGCUGCCACCUCUCCGUGCCAUCUUUUCUACUUUCCGCUAACUAUGCUGUUCUCAUUUUGUCUCCGCAGCAAGCUCUCGAUGAGAAUUUAGAUCUCUUGGACGGUAUUGCAGGUUUUGAGGAUUCUGUCAGAAAAUGUAAGUGUUUUUAUGAAUUGUCUUUUCCGAACAUAGCUGAUCCUCCACUUAUUCUGAAUCUGGAAGCUCCAUCCGCUGCUCCACCACUCAACAUGCACUUGUAUCCCUUGCUCCUUCUUGCCCACGUGUGCUGGGGUCCAGUGAGUGAAACACUGUGUUCUCUGCAGUCUAUUUGUUGUAAAGAAGCCUUGCGUUCUGCACAUUUGUAGAGUUUAUUCUCUAAUCAUAGAACUGCAUGAAAAUUUGAAGUAAAUCUUGAGUUUGUGACUAAAUCAGCCAAACUGUAAAAAGCUGAGCUGUAGAAAUUGUUCCAGAUCCUAGUAAUUACCUUGUAAUUUCUCUGCAAUUCCUGGUUUACUGAAUGUCUCUCUGUGUGGGGAGAUAGUUUUGAGUCCAUAUAAUCCAGGGAUCGAAUUAACAAGAUCUGCAUUCCACCUUAAUGCUACAGACACUGGUCCAAACUACAGUCUGUGUAAUGUUCAUUAUUCACGAAAGCAGGAAUUGGAGAAUUCACUCUGUACUCAAUGUCUCUAAGUUCAGCCUUUAACUUAUUUACCAAGGUCUAGCAGAUCCUGCUUGGGGCCAAUAUACUCCCACAUUUUCCAAGGUCUAGCAGAUCCUGCUUGGGGCCAAUAUACUCCCACAUUUACCAAGGUCUAGCAGAUCCUGCUUGGGGCCAAUAUACUCCCACAUUUACCAAGGUCUAGCAGAUCCUGCUUGGGGCCAAUAUACUCCCACAUUUACCAAGGUCUAGCAGAUCUGCUUGGGGCCAAUAUACUCCCACAUUUACCAAGGUCUAGCAGAUCCUGCUUGGGGCCAAUAUACUCCCACAUUUACCAAGGUCUAGCAGAUCCUGCUUGGGGCCAAUAUACUCCCACAUUUACCAAGGUCUAGCAGAUCCUGCUUGGGGCCAAUAUACUCCCACAUUUACCAAGGUCUAGCAGAUCCUGCUUGGGGCCAAUAUACUCCCACAUUUACCAAGGUCUAGCAGAUCCUGCUUGGGGCCAAUAUACUCCCACAUUUACCAAGGUCUAGCAGAUCCUGCUUGGGGCCAAUAUACUCCCACAUUUACCAAGGUGUAGCAGACUCCGCUUGGCGUCAAUAUGCUCCCAGCGCAAAGUUUCUAAUUCGGAGCACAGUGGGUUUGCAACACUGGAAGUAAACUGUUGGCUAUUUCAUUGCUGUGUGAUUAUUGAAAUAUUGGCCUCAUGAAAUGCUAAUAAGGCAAACAAUUUUCAAAUGCCUUUCUUUUUUAUUUUACUUUUUUUUUUUGGUUUCUUCUUCCAGUUAUUUGCCAUGUAGUUGGAAUCACCUAUCAGCAUAUUGAGCGCUGGCUCCUGGCCGAGAUGCUCGGAGACCUGUCCGGUAAGUCCUGUACGACCCGUGGAAGUCUUUCUUCUUAUAGUGUUAAAGUCAAGUGUUUCCAAAUAACCUGACGCUUAACUAACCGAUUUGGUUAGAUUCCCGUGUUUCUGCAACUAUUCUGCUAAUUCCUGCUUUCAUUACCUGAAUCAUUAUUUUUUUAUUGCGUACUAUAUACUGCUGGCACGUUAUCUGGGGGGGGGAGUGGUUGUUGGGCACAGAGAUUGGGGAGGGGUGUUGUCGGGGCGCAGAGAUGGAAGGGGCUGGAUAGCAGUUGCAUUCUGCUAACCGUUCACUGUAGAGAGUUGUAUGGUGCAGGACAUUAUGGGAGAUAUUUAUCAAUGUGUUCUGAAAAGUGAUGGUUAAAUUCCAUUAUUAUUAUUUUGAUUGUUUUUAUUAAUAUUCUAAGAGAAAUCUAUAAAGCACCAGUUUUUAUUAUAGUAAAUUCGGACACUUUUUGCUGAACUUUUUCUUUUCAGCAAACAGCUAAAUUUAGAAUAGAGGAAAAAGACGACAGAAAAACACAAUAUUGUUCUGUUGGAAAGGUCAGAAAUCUGUUUUAGCAGCAAAAAUAAUGGCUUAUAUUUAAAAAGGAAAAAAAAAGUUCUAAGGUCUAAAAAAGCAACAGAUGGAAAAAUCUGAAAUAAUUUAAUGUUGAGACAAGAAUUUGAUUGAAAGGAGUCUGCAAAAUGUUAAUAAAUGUCCUGUAGUGACAGGGCAACUGUGAAUUUAAACCAAACGCACAUUUAAAAGUAAUCUAAACCAAUUUUUAGCUCACUUACUAUUAGUUUUUCCUGGCCACGUACUUCAUCAAAGUCAAACCUUUACCGUCUAUGUUUGUGGUUAAACCACUCUAAUCUUUCUCAAAAACAAUGUACACAAAACGUUUUGGUGUCUGUGUGAAACCUAUGGAGCUCUGAUGUAUCUGACGGGAGACUUAUUCUUAAGUUUCAAGUUGAAACUGUCAUUCUGGCUCUGACUAGCAGGCACACACUCAGCACAGGACGCUUAGUGCUGUCCAGGUUUGUAAUGUGAAGAACCAGGUGCUAUUCAGAAGCUCACAUCAGUUAGACAAAAUAUGAUUCUAGUGGGUAAAAAAGAUGACAUGGUUUACGAUUUAAUUUUGGAACGGUACAGUAUUAUUUAAAGGGACACUGUAGUCACCAGAACAACUACAGUUUAUUGUUUUUAUUCUGGAGAGUAGAAUCGUUCCAUUCAGGCUUUUUGCAGUAAACAUGGUUUUUCAGAGAAAAUACAGUGUUUACAUUACAGCCUAGUGAUAACUUCACUGGCCACUCCUCAGAUGGCUACUAGAGGUGCUUUCUGGGACAGUGUGACUGACAUUCAAUGACUCUGCCCUCUGCAUGAAGACACUGAACUUUCCUCAUGGAGAUGCAUUGAUUCCAUACAACUAUGAGGAGAUGUUGAUUGGCCAGGGCUGUGUUUGGCUUGUGCUGGCUUUGCCACUGAUCUGCCUCCUUCACAGCCUCAGACAAUCCUAUGGGAAAGCAUUGUGAUUGGCUGAGGGAAUCACGUCUGAUGAUGUCAGGCAGGCAGAUCAGAGGCAGCAGUUGCAGACUUGAAUACAAGUAAGAUUUUACUAUAUUGGGCAGGGGGCUAGAUGGUGGUUUUAAAACAAUAGGGUCAGGAAUACGUUUGUGUUCUCAGCGUAAAGUGAAUUAGCACAUUCAGUCUGAAUUUUGAUGUCUGUGUUGUCUUGGCAGAGCCUCAGCUCAGAGUCUGGAUGAGCAAAUACGGAUGGGCAGAAGGGGAUAAUGGAAAGAUCUUUAUCUGUAAUCAGGAGGAGAACAUCAAACCCAAGAACAUCGUGGAGAAGAUUGAUUUUGACAGUAAGUUUGUUUUGAGUGUAGGUGACAUGACACAUUCCACCAGCAGAUCAAGAUUCUCACUGUUUUCUGUUUUUCAGGUGUUUCUGGAAUAAUGGCGACUUCACAAUGACACUUUUCCUGAAGAAAUUGAGUUUAUUUUAUAUAUUGCCGGAAUGUCUGCUCUCUGUAAUAAAUGCUGUAAAGUGACUCUUGUGUCUGUCGUUAUAAAUGAUGUGAACGAGUCCCUCAUGAGAUCUAAAUUUGCAGAUUAUUUUCCAGUAAUUUCUCUCCUAU